AGUCUGCGCCAACGGGGACAGGUGGGAUAUUUAUCAUCAUGCUGGAAAUCCAGACUUUGCGCACUAACAGUCAACAUACGCCUUCUGAACCUUCUGCUCGGCUAUGAAACAAACACCUAAGAUCAUAUUUACUCUAAAUGAUGCUGAAUGCCUCUGCGGAGGAGCAUCUCUGCCUUUGCCUUUUGGACAUUUUCAGGUCUGCCGUCAUCUUUCUGUGAGAAAUCUCUCAGAAAUCAGUGCAGCAAAGAGGCUUCAGCAUGUGUUGAGUAAAUAAAGGUAUCGAACGAUAUUUCCAUACCAUAAAACGAUGCUGGAGAAGAGUAAAUAUAAUUUGGUAGACUACUCAGUGGAUCAGAGGAUUCCUGCUGAUAAUGAUGGGCAGUUCCAGCAUGGGCUCACAUUCGAGGUGAAGUUCAUCGGGAGCCUGGAUAUUGUGCGACCCAAAAGCAGGAUUGAAAUAUUGGUCGCUAUGAGACGAAUACGGUAUGAAUUUAAAAUUAAGAACAUCAAGAAGAAAAAAGUCAACCUUAUUGUGUCAGUGGAUGGUGUCAAGGUGGUUUUACGGAAAAAGAAAAAGAAAUUUGACUAUAGCUGGGAUGAAAGCCAAAUGACACUGGCCCAGGACCCCAUUUUCAGAAUAUUUUACGUCUCGCAUGACUCACAGGACCUGAAGAUAUUCAGUUACAUAGCAAGAGACAAUAAAAGCAAUGUGUUCCGCUGUAAUGUCUUCAAAUCAAAGAGAAAGAGCCAAGCCAUGAGGAUAGUGCGGACCGUGGGUCAGGCGUUUGAAGUGUGCCAUAAACAGAGUCUAGACAAUGCUGACGUAUGGCUUGUGAAAGGUGAGGAGGAGAGAAGCAAAGAUGAGACUUCAGUUGCUGGCAGCACCACUGAGAGAUCAGGCAAUGCUGGGCUGGAGAAAGAUGAAAAGGUGUGUGAAGAGCCGGUGCUGGUGAAGGAGUCGUCCAGGCUAGCGUCUCCUCUUUCCAGUCCUCAAUCCGUGAGCCAUCAGGUGCAGCUCCUGCAGAGGCAGUUACAGCAGCAGGAACAGAGGAGUCAAGCCGCCUCAGCACAGGUGGUUCUGCUUCAGCAGCAGCUGUCGGUGGAGACCAGCGCCAGGACCGAAGCUCAGGCUAGAGUCCAGCAGCUCCUGCAGCAGAACACUGAACUCCUGCAGCAUCUCUCACUGCUGGUCAAGAUGGGAUCUCAAGACAGCCUUCUGGAAAUCGCCCUGCGUGCCAACAUGCCAGCUGUAUCACGUGAGCCCAACCCGAAUCCUCCCUCAAGCGCUCGAGAGGGCUUCCCUCUCUCAAACAGCCUGGUCCGGCUUGAAAGCUUUCGUUUCUUCUCAGAAUCUUCAGAGCAGGAGAAGAAGCCGGAGCAGGACCGUGACUCAGGUCAGGGUCAGGAUGAAGAAUACUCAAACUUUGACCUCAGAUGA